AUGGCUUCCAUAUAUUAUCUCAACCAUCCACCAACUCCUUGGGAACAGUUCAUGACUGGUAUGACUGGCCUUGAGGAUCAUCCUUUCUUCGCUGGUCAUGGUCACCACCGUGGUCCUCCCCAUGCUCAUGCAUAUGGUGGCCAUGGCGGGCGUGGUGGUCGCGGACGCCACCACGGACCGCCUGGAUUUUGGGGAAUGGGUCACCAAGGCCGCCCUCACCACUGGGGACCGCAGAACGACGACAGUGCCGAUGGCCCUGAAGCAUCCCGCUCCGCAGAUCAAACCGUCGAGCCCACCCCAGGCCCUUCAACAGAGACCGAGAACCCCUCUGGCGAGAAGGUCGUUGCCUCAGCUUCUGAGUUGGAGUCCGAUAACGAGAACCGCUGCCACGGCCGCUGCGGCAAAGGCAAGGGAAAGCACGGCAUGCAUGGCAUGGGCCGCGGUGGACCUCAUGGAAUGGGCAGAGGGGGAUGCGGCGGCAAGGGUCGCCAUGGACCAGGUCAUCACGGUAAGGGCUUCCACGGUCCUCCCGGUGGUGGUCCGUUCGGCGCAUAUGGCCACGGACGAGGCCCUCAUGGUUGUGGACGUCCCGGUCGAGGCCGUCGCCAUGGCCCUCCUGGCGCCAACUUCGACUUCCUGCGCCAGCUGGCCGGUCAAUUCGGUUUCCCCUUCGAUGCCCCCGAGAAGGAUGUCGACUUUGUUCCAUCUGUCGAUGUCUUCGACACUCCUGCCAGUUACAUUAUGCACGUCUCCCUCCCCGGUGCCAAGAAGAACGAUCUCAGCAUCGACUAUGACGCUGAAGAGUCUGUCCUGAGACUUGCCGGGGUCGUGUACCGCCCGGGUAUGAAUGAAGAGCUGCACCAGGCUCUGGCUAUGGAAGAGCGAUCCCGCGAGGUCGGCGUCUUCCAGCGUGAGAUUCGCCUUGGAAACCGCGAGGCCCCGGCCUUUGUUUCUGUUGAUGAGAUCACCGCCAAGCUGGAAGAUGGCAUUCUGACUGUGAUUGUGCCGAAGAUUGAAUCAGAGGUCGAGUCCAAGAAGAAGGUCAUCGUUGAAGAUGGUGAUGUCGAGAAUGAGAAGGACGUUUUGCAUGUUGAUGAAGCGACUAUGACUCCUGAGGGAAGCGACGAGGAGGAAGAUACCAGGGAAUAUGUCAAGAUCCCCGUGCAGUAA